GUAGACCUUACACACAUGAAGAUUUCUCUAUCUCCUCACCACUUUUAAGCGGGAAGCGAUCUGACAACUAACGCGAACGUCGUACCUAAUACUGUCAACAAUUCCUAUCCCCCCGCCAUGGAUCUCUUAAUCUGAAGGCUCGAGCUGGGGAAAAGUGGAGAAACAAAGAAAAACUGAAAAAGGAAAAUAAAAAAAGAAAUAUCUGUAGAGUAUGGAUCGGAUGCUGAAAGCUGCAAGAUCUUCAGGUUCUCUUAAUCUAUCAAAUCGCUCGCUCAGGGAGGUUCCUGAUGAGGUUUAUCAAAUUCUAGAUGCAGUAAGGGAAGAUGAAAAGUGGUGGGAGGCUGCUGAGAUGCAAAAGCUGAUCUUGGCCCACAACAAUAUUGAAGUAUUGAAAGAAGAUGUAAAAAAUUUAUCCAUGUUAUCUGUCUUAAAUAUCAGUCACAACAGGCUUUCUCACCUUCCAGCUGCUAUAGGAGAUCUUCCCAUGCUGAAGUCACUAGAUGUAUCAUUUAAUUCAAUACUCUGUAUUCCUGAAGAGAUUGGUUCAGCAACUGCUCUUGUCAAACUUGAUUAUUCAAACAAUUUACUUAAAGACCUCCCAAACUCCCUUGGAAGCUGCUUGGAUUUGUCAGAACUUAAGGCAUCCAACAAUAGUAUAACCAGAUUGCCAGAAGAUUUAGUGAACUGCUCAAAAUUGAUGAAACUGGACAUGGAGGGAAACAAGCUAGCAGCAAUACCUGAGAAUCUUCUCUCAUCAUGGACCAUUCUUUCAGAAUUGAAUGCUUCAAAAAAUUUGCUUACCAGUAUCCCAGAGAGUAUUGGAACCCUUUCACGACUUAUCCGCCUUGACUUUCAUCAGAAUAGAAUUUCAUCAAUUCCGUCAUCAAUCAUGGGUUGCUGUUCCCUCAAAGAGUUUUAUAUGGGAAACAAUAUGCUGUCUUCAUUACCAGCUGAGAUAGGGGCACUUUCCCUCUUAGGAACAUUGGAUCUCCACUCCAAUCAGCUGAAAGAGUAUCCUGUGGAGGCAUGCAAAUUGCGUUUGUCAGUCCUGGAUUUGUCAAAUAAUGCAUUAUCUGGACUGCCACCUCAGAUUGGCACAAUGACGACCCUCAGAAAACUUCUUCUCACUGGCAACCCCUUGCGAACUCUUCGCAGCUCAUUGGUGUCUGGACCUACACCCACUUUACUGAAGUAUCUUAGAACCAGACUCCCUGAUGCUGAAGGGCCUGAAUCUGCAACUUCUCCUAUGAAAGAAGAUCAAAUUGCCAUUGCAACUCGAGAAGCUCUCUCUUCAAAGGAACUUUCUUUAGGUGGCUUGGCCCUGACUGCUAUACCUUCAGCAGUAUGGGAAUCAGGUGAAAUUUUGAAAGUUGAUCUUUCUAGGAACUCUAUUCAGGAGAUUCCAAAUGAGUUGUCAUUGUGUACUUCCCUCGAGUCGCUGAAUGGGAAGCUUUCUGAUGAAUGUAUUGACUAUUUGAAAGUAGGGAUGCUUAUCAGCAUUACUUUUGAACAAUGUUGCAUGGACUCUAUCUCCCAAGCGGAUGCAUCUGUCUUGGAUACACAUUGGGUUCUAAUUUUGACGAACAACAAGAUAAAAGAAUGGCCUGGUGCAGUUAUACAAUCACUUUCUAAUCUAUCAUGUCUGAAGUUGAACAAUAAUCUUCUGCAGCAGAUUCCAUCAGAUGGAUUUCGAGACCUCUCAAAGCUCAAGAUUCUAGAUUUGAGUGGUAAUGCAGCUUCGUUCAAAGAACACCCACCACUUUCUAGCUUGCAACAAUUGCAGGAGCUUUAUCUGAGGCGGAUGCAGUUACAUGAAGUCCCAUUAGAUAUAAUGAGCUUAGAACAGCUACGGAUUCUUGACUUGGGCCAAAAUUCUCUUCAAACCAUUCCUGAGGGAUUCAAGAACCUUACUUCACUGGUGGAGCUUGACCUGUCUGACAACAAUAUUACGACACUUCCUCCUGAGUUGGGUUUACUUGAAACCAGCCUACAGGCGUUGAGGCUUGAUGGAAAUCCACUGAGAAGCAUCCGACGGGCUAUUUUGGAUCGAGGAACCAAAGUUGUUUUGAAAUAUUUGAAGGACAAAAUUCCAGAGCAGUAAUGCAGUUUUAAUCUUGCUCCAUUGAGAGGAGUGAUUUUUCACAUGGUUAUCAAGGACAUUGGUUGUGAAAGAAAAGCUUGAGGAUCUCUAUUUAAUAGGGUGAAUGUUGAAGCAGUUGAGCAAUUGAUAUGAAAAGUUGGAGAAGGAUGAAUCAAGUUAAGUGGGUUUGUUGUAAUAAUUUUUCUGUUUAUUUUUUUUCUUGCUUUAUUUAAAGAUUGUUGUUUAUCAGUGCAUGGGUUGAUGAUGGGAAAAAAUGUGGUGCUGAUAUUUUAUUGCAGUCAUUGUGUGAAAGCUUGAUUUGAGAGAUGAUGCAUUAUUAUUAUCAAUUGGAUGCAACAAUUUUUAGGUUCAUAAACUUGGAUUAUGGUUUCUCGUUCUUUGUAUGGAUUUAUCUAUAUUGGACAUAUGCUUCAAAUUUCCUCCU